UUUAUAUUUACAGCUUCAUAAUCGAUUUCACUGGAAUACAUUUUCUUGUUGGAAAUACUGCUUGUCUUAAGUAUUGUUAUUUUUUAUUUUCAAUUUUUUUAUUUAUUUAUUUAUUUUUUUUGCAAAAAAUGAACAUGGAUAAACAUCCAGUCGUAUGUCAGUCAUAAGAAUAGGUCACAUAAAUAUAAAAAAACUACAAAGUUUGUAUGACAGACGUUUUAAAGAAACAGCGCCCUCCAGCGGCUCAAACGGAACCAUCCAAAUGUCAUUCCAUAGCAAACCCCUGCGUUGCUAUGGGCAACAGACUCCAAACAAACUGAAAGAAACUCGUGAAGUUACUCUCGACAGGCCAGUACCUGACCCAGUCUGCGAUAUUUAGACUAACCCUCCAUUGAGAGGUAGAAUGAGCUCGCCUCUGUCCAUGCUGAAGAAGACGAGGCGCACUCCUCUGAAGAGCCCUCUGAAUGAAAAACCGAGCAUUGAGAAAGUACCUUUCAGGAGGAAUCUGUUAAAAGAGAUUCAGGCAGAAUUGGCAGCUGAAGAUGAAUCCUCUGAUCAAACUCCCUCGCAGACCUCUAACACUCCAAUCCACCUUGUCUCAACUUCAAAGCCAAAAGCCCCUUCAAAGAAAGGUGCUCCACCAAGUGACUUUGAGCUCAUGUCAGCCAUGAUGCAGCGAGUGACCCUGCUGGAGAGAACAGUGAGGAGCCAAGCACAGGAGAUAGAGCAGAAGGACAAAAGGAUUUCUGUCCUGGAGGGGAAACUGAGGCUUCUGAAGGAAUCAGAGAGCACACGUCAUACUGAAAGCAGAGAGGAUGUUAAAAGACGGUGCCAAGAACUGCAGAAUCAAGUGUGUGAAAUGGAGAGGUUUCUGAAUGACUACGGUUUGAUCUGGGUUGGAGAUGAAGGCGAGCAGCUACACAACUCAGAAAGCGACUUCUGGCAGCCAGACACCUCUGAGGUCAGGAACUUCCACAUGAACUUUGACCUUGUGCUGCAGAGGAUCAAGGAGCUUAACGUCCUCGCCGGGGAGGGAGAGUGUUUCAUUCAGUCGACCUCCACAGGAGCUCAGCUGGCAAUGAAGGAUCCUAUUAAACUGAGUCUGUAUAAAAACGGCAUUGUCAUGUUUAACGGACCUUUCCGCUCCUAUCAGGAGCAAAGCACAAAGCAGUGCAUGCAGGAUCUGAUGGAUGGGUAUUUUCCAUCCGAGCUCCAGGACAGGUUCCCAGAUGGUGUGCCUUUUGAGGUUCAUGACAGACGAGACAAGGAAUUUAGCUCCAGACUACCAUGGAAUACAGAAGCUGAUCUUGGGAAGAAAGAUGAAUCAUCAAAUGUCUUCAGCUUUCAGUCACCUGGAAAGACUCUGAGCGUGGAUCAGUUCCUGAAUAAGAUGCCCAGGAUGACUGUGAAAGCUGGUCGAGUGAUUAAUAUCAGAGACUCACUGAGGACUGUCCUACAGGGUUCAUGUGACACCCAGAGCAGCUCAGUGAUCCUCGUGGACACGCCGGCACUGCAAGCCAUGAAAGAGAGACUGCAGGGAGUCAACCCUAACCGGCCUUCUUCUGCCAGAGGUGUUAUUACGCUGAAGGUGAAAUCAGAAGAUGGAAAUCAUACUUACAUACUGAAAAUGAGCUUCACGGAAACCAUCGGCCACCUGCGGGAGUAUCUGGACAAACAUAGAGGGGCUUGUCCACAUGGUUAUGACAUCAUCAGUGCAUACCCACAAUGCUGCUACGACGAAGACAGCCACACACUCCAGUUAUACGGACUCACAUCUAACGCUUAUUUGCUGCUGCGAAAGAGAAAACCACCACAUUCACUGGCUGAAGUCAAACAAAACUGUUAAAAGCUUCUCCAUGUUUGUGAGAGACUUAUGUUUAAUAGCAGCAGCUGACAUUUGUUACUAUAAAUGGAUGACCUGACACAACCUUAUUUCCCACAAACAUGAUGUCAGAUGAGAUGAUUUUCAGUUAGAGUAUGAGCACUGUGAUUUUCUAAAUGUAAAAUUUGUUCAGCUCUUUGUGUGGGACUCACUGGGAUCGAAUUAUUACAUAACAGGAGGACAGGGAUUGCUGCUUUUCUAAAAACAGACUUGGUGGCUCCACUGUGACUGAUAGGUGCACUACAGUUUUUGGCACUGAGUAAAGAAUAUGUCUUUUUGUGGAAACAUUUCUUUGUGUCAUUUCUGGUCAGAAGGAAAAUACUCGGUCUUCUGACCUUCUAUACCCUGAUGUUUUUACAUUAGCCUUGUGUUUUAUUGUGUUUUAUUAUCAUUUUUCAUUGUACAGCAUUUUGGUUGACUUUUUGUUGUUGUAAAUGUCCUUUAUAAAGAAUGUGGAUUAGAUAUAAUGGCAAAACAAUGUUUAAUAAUCAACUAGGGCUGGGCAAAACCCUAGGUUGAUCAAAAUCUGGGUUAAAUUGUCCUACUGCAAUUUUCAAAUGACAGAUGCAAUAUUUUUAAAUCUAAAAUGUUUAACAAUUUACCAGUUUGUUUUUUUGCUGUGGAGAUGUUACAAUCUACAUAUCAUAUAAAAAAUUAAAGUGCCAAUAUUUAUUGAAUUGUUUACAAAUCCUUUCAAAUACAACAAUUCGUAUCAAAUUUGUAAUUUUAGUUUAAAUAACUGCAGCAAGAUAUGUCUUUCCUUAAGUUCAGCCCUAGUGUAUCUAUUUAAUAUCGUGCUGGUUAAAAUAUAUAAUAAUUUAUUGCUUUAGUUUGUUGAAAAUAAAAGAAAACUAUUGCAUGUU